CCUGCUGUCUGACAGGCAGGCGCGUUUUGGUUCUAUGAGCCCAGAAAAUUGUGAUGUAAAAAGAGAAGAAUAAAUGUUUGUUGACUAUCAUGGCGAAUCCUAGAAAAUUUAGUGAAAAGAUUGCCCUUCACAAUCAAAAGCAGGCUGAGGAAACGGCCGCUUUUGAGAAAAUUAUGCGUGAAGUUUCCGACGCAACCAAUAAGGUGAACUCUAGCAAUCGCCGUUCGAAAAUGAAAGCACCGCCAGAACCGGAGAUUGUUGAACAAAUAGUCACAACACAAAGCUUGGGCACAUACAGGAGUGGUUCAUUGCCAAAUGUUGCUGCUCCUGAACCCCCACCAAGUCUGGAGACUACUAAGCCCGAAGAAACGACUCUAGCCACUCAGUACGUGCUUGGUAGGAGCGGGGGAGCCUCGCCAACCCCUCGAUCGCCCGGUCGGGGUCGGGCAUCCUCGUCUGUGGGGCCGAUGAGACGACCGGCAGACCGGAAACACGACACCAGCCCUUACGGAAGCACUGUAUAUUUAAGCCCGCCGCCCGACAGCAACUGGCGGCGGACUAACUCUGACUCCGCCCUCCACCAGUCGUGCGGCGAGCAGCAGACGGCCGCGCCGCCGCUGUCACCGCACCACCCUCUACACUCACACGCACACCCUCACCUGCACCCACACCAGAACCAUCGGAGAGCUGGCAACAUUAAUCUAGAUGUAUUAGCGACGUUAGGCAUGAGCCCCAAUAAUCGUCCGCGGUCGUCGUGUGAAAUACCUAGGAUACCUAACAAUAACAAUGUGUACGAGAGCGGUGUCGAUGCUAGCGGUGCGUUGUCCUGCGGAGAGCUGUCCGUGCCUGGCGGGUCACUACCGGACCUCACCUCAGUGCAUUACCCGCCACCCCACUACCUCACGAGAGCUUCACCCGACUACCAACCGAGAUAUAGCCCUACGUCACCGGGCGCGGUGUCCCCCGGAGGUGGCAGCGUGUCCCCCGCCACAGGGGGCCUGUCCCCCCAGUCCGGCUCCCCGGUAGGAGCCACUGUGCCGCUAGCGACGAUGCACGAACACCCUAUAUAUGAAACACAAAGUCACUUAUCUGUACCAAACACAAAUAAUUAUCUUCAUCAUAAUAAGAACAUGUCUCCGUUGAACCACAGCUGGAUGACGUCAAACUAUCAGUCGCACUGUAGUCCGCCGUCACAAUAUUCCUCCACCUCAAAUAUAAACAUACCCUCACCUACAAUGGUACACAGUCCUGGCAGUCCUGGCGAGUCACCUCAGACGGACUACACCAAUCUCCACCAGGCGCUGUUGCAGCCCUUUGAACAGAUCACCAUGCAAGGAGUUGAUUGGGCGCAGCUGGUGCAGAGUCUCGUGGAGUCGGGCUGGACCGCGCACGUCCACGUCCCGGAUAACCUCGACGCGCCGACGUCGAACUACAACACGACGUACAUCAACCACAGCUCACACUCGCAGCAGACGACGAAUUCAACGCACACAUAUACACAGUCGUCUCAGCCGUGUCACAGCGGUCACUCGUCGCCGUCCGUGGAGCCGAGACGUGCGCGGGACCCUGUGGCGGGGGGCGCGUACCCUCUGCAGCCGCUGCAGCCCCUCGCCUCCCCGCAACAACCACCCACACCCGCCACCCCCGCCUCCAUACCGGACAUCAUACUCACAGAUUACUCAGGCGAGUUAGACCCGGGUAUAUUCGGCGGCGAGGAGGCUCAGCUGAGGGCUGGGUUGGAUCUGGACGACCUGACGUUGCUGGAGGAACCGAGCUCGUUACUCCCGGACUCGUCCGUGGAACACGAGUUCCGCCUCGACCGCCUCGACCGUUUGUAGUACCGAGGCGAUCCUCUCAGAGGCCAGAGGCGAGGCAGAGGUGAGCUCGACUCCCUAUACUUCAUGACAAUUCGUUUCAAGUCUGAGCUAGUGAUUAUACCGUGUCGCCGCCCGUUUCUAUGUUAGCGACGGCGACGCUAACGACACACAUUCCCAGCGUGUGAGUGAGCGCUCCACGGACGAUGUAUCGUUGCGAGUGCUGGUGUUCAUUGUGGUUUUAAAUGUUUUACUCAUGUUUUUUUUUCAACUCGGUGGCAUAGGUACGUUUAGAUUUAGAUUUUUCUAUACAUAGUCUACGAUAAGUCUAUCGAAAAUCCUUGUACAGAGUUAUAUAUAUAUAUUUUUUAAUAUUAAGUAUUGUAAAUAUGUACUCGAAUAUCAUUAGAUUUUUUUUAUAUAUAUUUUUCUGAUUCGAUAGUUUAAUUCUAUACGAGACCGAGUCGGUUGUAUUGUAAAUAAAACUCUAAAGUGUUCACGUUAUAAGGUCGCAUUUAAAACGCUAAUGUUGCAAGCUAGUGUAUACGGUCGUUGUGUCGAUUGUAUAGUUUUUUCCCGAAAUCAUUAUAAAUAUUACAAAUUAAUUUUCUUAUUCAUCGAUUGCUCAAUUGACUGUACUUUGAUCCUAAUCACCACCUACAGUUGCCACGUACCACAUUUUUGGUAUUUGAUAAUCUCUCAGCACAGACAUACCAGAAAUCGGUUCAGUUUUCGUACGGAAGUAAUGUUAUUAUUGUAAAUAUGAUACAUAAAUAAUUUUUUUAUAAGCUUCUGUCGCAAACAUAUCUAUGUGUUAACGGGCGUGUGAUCGUGAGUACUGUGGUCAAUUUUUUCAAUGUCCAAAUGCGUGUUAUAAUUGGAAUUAUAUAUAUAUAUAUUAUAAAAAAAAUCUGUUAGUCUCUAUAGAUGUUGACGAAAAUUUUGCAUUUUCUGUAGUGGAACUACAACCGAAGUUAAACUUUACUAUGUAAGUAUCGAAAUAUUUAGUUUUAAGUGGGUCGCUGUGCUCGCGACGCGUGAGGGUCACGAGGUUGCGGGCACAGCGACGGCCGCGUAGUUGUGUUUAAAUAUAUUUGUUUUUCUUUUUUGUUAAUGCUCAGUUAUUAUGUUUUAAAAGUCUAGUCAUCAAGUUAUGAUUAUCAAUGGGAAUAGAAAUUGUUUAGCGUCUGUUUAUAUCUAUGUAUGUUCAUUUAUGUACAGAUUUUAUUGAAAACUAUUAGAAUCUAAUUUUGAGUUUACUUAUAAAAAAUUUAUAUAUAUAUAUAUAUAUAUCACGAACAUCUGUUAAACUUAAUACCAUGUGUUAAAACUUUUGCUAUAUUUGAUAUGUAUAAUUUUUUUACUAUAUUUUUUUACAUAUAAAUCUGUCGGGAUAUAUAAAAAAACAUAAGUAAACUCAAUGAAUGAAUGAUCAUAAGUAGAUAUUUUGUUCAUUAGAUUCAGUGACAAUUUAUUACAGAUUAUAUAAAAGUUGUAUAGUCUAUAACGCACAUAAAGAUCUACAGGUACAAUAUAUGUAUGUUAAAGGUUUAUUUAUCUGUGGACGUAAUUGAUGGAUUUGUUGCUCGCCUACAAACGGUUAAUUGUUUUAUAUUCCACACAGGUGCGUAUGAUGUCUUAGUUUGUAUAAAUGUAUGAUAUUUGUGAUAAAGGAAAAAAAGCACAAGAUAAAUUUUAUUAAAGCCUAAUGAUUUUAACUUUUAUUUCUCUUAUAUUAGCCCUUAACUCAUACCUGCAUGGAUCUAAGCAGAUUGGAUGUCAAUUACGAAUUGGCGGGAACCUAAGUUUUUUUUUAACAUUAUUAUCUGUAUUUUCCAUAAUUAAUAAUUCUGUUCCAGAAACAGAGUUAGGCGAACAACGCUGACGCUACAUUCCAUAGUAGUUUUUAUAUAUUUUUGUCACCUAACUUGCUUACACUUGGACAUUAGUCAAACAAUUGCAAUCAAUCAAUAAAAAAAUAA